AUGUCUGAGCUGCUAAAUUAUGAGUUUUCUGAGGCCAGACGCCGUUUUGAUGGAGCGCCACAAGUUCUCUACUGCCACAAGGACCCACCCCGGGAGCUGGCCGGAACCGAUGCUCUUUCCGGUGAAAAUAUUGCCUACAUCACCUUUGUGCUUUCGCCGCGUCACAUUGAUGAGAAGCACCGGGCCAAGACGAUAGACCUGAUCCACACCCUACGCACCUACCUGCACUACCACAUCAAGUGCAUGAAGGCCUACAUGCAGAUGCGGAUGCGAGCCAAGACCAGCGAAUUUCUCAAGGUCCUCAAUCGGGCCCACCGGGAGGCCAACAACUCCGUGGUCGUCACUGUCGACCAGAGCGUCGGUUUCGCCACCGGAUCCUCCAGCGCAAAGUAA